AUGUUAGGAAAAUCUAAAAUCGGAUUGUACUUUGAAACGAUCCUGGAGAUUAUUGAAGACAAGCCGAAUUUUACUAUACCUGUUUUUUUUUAUUGCUUUAUGAUCUAAAUUCUUUUUCAUUAGAUUGCUGGAUAUAUUUUUUCUAACUUUGAAGAUAAACCAUUAAGUGAAUAAAAAGUGUCAUUUGUAGCACACAUUAAUGAAAUAGCUCCUAUCACUUUCUUGCUCUUCUUUAAAGGAAAUGACACUCUGUCUUUAAUAUGUUUUGCUUUUAUGCAAUUGUUAAUGUAUUUCUACUUCAUAUAUGUAGGGAUUCUAACUUAUCUAAAGAAUUUCAAAAAGUAUUUUUAUUAGAAAAAUCAAAAGGUCUUUCGCUAAACAAACUAGUUCUUGAACGUAUUCUUUACCUUUUAUUGGUGGCUUUUUUUUACGCCAUACAUUGAAAUCAACAGUGGUAUGCUCGUAUGUGGAGACAAUAGCUUUUUAGUUUAAUUUAGAGGUAAAUCUUGCAGUGGAAAAUCUCCUAUAAUUACAAUACUCUCUGUUAUUGGUCUCUUUCUAACAAUAACUACAGCUUUUAUUAUUGUUUAUUUCUUUAGAAAUUAUGAAUUCAAUGAGUAGAAUUUACUUAAAAGGCGCUUCCAUUUUAUAAUUUUAUUUUAACUUGUUGGGAGAUUUCUUCUGACGUUUUUUUAUUACCUGAACCUGCCUUCUGUUUUAGUAUUUAAGCACAUAGUAGCUCAAGAAAUUGGAAUUUGUUUCCUCUAUGAUACUUUAAUGAAUUGGCCUUUUAGCAAUCAUACUGUAGCAAAAUUCUACAGCUGUGCCUCUUGUAUCUUCGAAAUUUCUAUUGUAUUGUGCAAUCUUUGGAUGUUCAGCUCUUUUAUGCCAUCAACUGAAUUCUUUUAUUAUCUAGUUUUUUUAGGUUUACUCUCAUCUGCGUUAAUGACUCAAAUGUGGCGAUUCAAAUAUGAAACAAUUAUGAGAAUAGAUUAGGAUAAAUUUUAACUUUUUUUCAAAUAAUCUGAUUUUAUCUUAGAAGAAAUGGUAAGGCUACUAUUAGACAGUUAGAGAGACGAGACUAGUAAAUUUAAGCUAUUUGAAAUCCUAAUAUUUCAUUAAAAAGUUUGUAAAGAUCCAGAAUGUUAUUGCCAAAAAAAUAAUUUUAAAAAUUAAAGUAAUAACGACUUAGAUGAAGAAAAAGUUUUUAAGUUAAUUGAUUCUAUUUUUAAGUGGAUUUUGGCUUCUAAAACACUUUAAAAGAAUUUAGAUGAGUUUGAACAUCUCUCUCUUAAAUAUAUCUCUUACCUUGCUAAGUACAGAAAUAAUACUUCAAGGGCCUACUAUGAGUUAAAAUCCAUACUUUCUCAAAGGAGCAACAUCUCAUUCUACUUCAAGAUUAUUUCUAAAAUUUUAUCAAAAUCAAUUGAAAAUUAGAUGGAAUAAUAAUAUAUAAAAAAUAAUGUCAAUUAAGAGUACAGAGAAGAUCUGGAUUUAACUGUAGUUUGGAAGAUGGAGGAACUAAAACAAAAUUUCGUUCCAAAGAUAUCGCAAGCAUUAAAUCAUAAAGUAGUUUAUUGGGAGAAGAUGAAAUAAGGUUUUUCAAAAAUGGAAGAUUGUAUGAAGUAUUCUAUAGAAAAAAUAUAAGAUAUCGAAAGGCUAGAUAAAUUCUUUUAGUUAGAACUAAGCAGAAUGGGCUCUGAUGAAAAAAGUUGCUAUAUUUAUUACAAAAUAUGCUCUAUGUUUGAAAUACUGGUCAGAAAUUAAAUUGUAAGUGCUAUGAAGUUAGAGCUUAACGCAAAUGAACUAAGAAAACGAGACUAAUCCAAACCUAGCGACUAAAUACAUAACUUCAAGUUAGCUAAAUAGCAAGUUAUUUCAUUUCUAGUAUCAUUUUCUAAAGAUAGAGGUAGGAUAGUUUCUAAAAAAACAGCUUAUACAGCUAAAUUCUUUGGUUAUUAGUAAGAUGAAGUAGAUAAUAUCAAAUACAUUAACGAUCUAAUGCCUAAAUAUAUUAGCAACAUUCAUAAUUAACUAAUGGAAAAUAUGAAUUGGAAAGGGACAUCAAAAUAUAUAAAAGGUAGCAUUAAGUCUUACUACUCAGAUAAAAAUGGAUUUAUUUAUCCAAUAAAGACAUUUUUAGACCAUUCAUUUGGGCAUUUUGAUGAUUUUUGUUUACUUUCUUCUGUGUUGAAAGUGACUACCUCAAACGAUUUUAUUGUUUUUGAUGAAACAGGAAAAAUCUUAGGAAUUUCUGAAAGUAUCUAUUAAAAGUUGUUCAGUUCAGAAAAGAGAAUGUCUAUAUAGAAGCUGUAUAAAUCUGGUUUCAUCUUUCUUUUGUUUAAGGAAAUAGUUAAUUAAAUAUCGGCCAACAAAAAAGAAAUAAACACAAAUUACAGUGAUUAAUAGAUCAUUUAAAUAACUAAUACAAACAAAGGUUAUUUUAAUUUAAACCAUAACUUUGACUUUAUGUUUGAUUAAUUCCACCAAUAUAUGCUUCUAGCAGGCAAAGAGCUUGAAAAUUCUAAUUCUGGAUAAGUUAAGUUUAGAAGUAAAUAAGGUACUAAAAAAAUAAAAGAUUUUACUAGAUCAUAUGAAAACUCGUCAUCUUCGAUGAAUAUUCCUUAACUUAACUUGCUUGAAGAAGGUUGCUCACAAACAUUAAAUAAAUUUUUUGAGUAUUACUCUGAUACAAAAGCUGAUUUAUAAAAUACAAAAUAAUUUUCAAACUUUGAUACUGGAUCAUAAUUUAAUGAAUAAAUAUAAAUAAGAUUAUUUUUUAAAUACUAAUUGCAAUACGAGUGUAUAAAAUAUAAUUAAGACUAGAAAUAGAUGAAUAUUUUCCAUUUAAUUCUUUCAGAUACCGCUGUUUCUAAGAGGAGAGUAGGAUCGAAUUAUUAAUCCAACAUGAGCUUAAACACUUAUAUUAAUUCUACUCAAGUAGGAGGUGCUUCAAGUUACAGACUUAAAACAUUUAUUUCAAAGGGUGGGGAUACUGAUUUAGGGGGAUCAGUUAGGUUAACUGAUGAAAAUCGAUAAAAUAUAGCUCACUAAAAUAAAGAUUAAAAAUAGUAGCAACAUUUGUAAAAUGUAUUAGAUACGAAUAAUCAUUAUGAAAAUAGUGAAGAUGAUGAAAAUUGGGAAGAUUAUCAUUAAGACCAAGGAUCCCCCAAUAGAAAUUAGACACAAAAUAAUGCCAAACUCCAUUCAAAAAGUAUAGGAAAAAAGAAAGAGUAAAUAGAUUUAGAGCAUAUUGAUGAAGCUGCCAACAAAGAAGAAGAUUCUAACAAAUAAGCUUCUAUUAAAAAUGAUGGGGAUUAAAAAUAACUUAAAGCAUUUGAAGAUUUGAAUAUUUCUUCACAACCUACUAAAGUCACCAAUACCAAUUUGACAUUUUCAAAUAAAAAAAAAGGAAAUGGACAAGAUAUUUAUUUAGAUAAAACCUCUUAAAAUGGAUUAGUUAGCAAGUAAAUGCUCAAUGAUUCUAUUUUAAAUGAAUCGAAUAUUGUCUCAGGAGAAAAUAAAAGCUUUCUUGAAGCUAGCUUUUAAAUAGAAUAAUCUAUGGUGAGAAAUAAUUUCUAACUUCUAUCCACUACCAACAGAAAUAUGAAUGACUACCCAUUAUCUAUGACUGGUAGAAACAAUGAAUCUUAAAGGCCAGUACUGGUAGGUCCAGAUAACUUGCAAGCAGAGUUUUUUUCACCAUAAAAUAAUAUGAGAUAAGCAAUAGAUUAAGAUGAAAUAAUGAUAACUAUGGAUGACUAAAAAAAUACAGAACCUCCAAUAAGCUUAAGAUUCAAACAAGGAGUUCCAGAAUAAUAAUCUAAGUUUUUUCCUAAAUCAAGUAGCAAUCAAAACGACGAAAAUCCUCUUCCAAAAGCAUACUCCUUUAUUGAGUAAAAGCCUACUUUAUAGCCAUAGUAUAGUGGAGUUUAAGAAGACUUUGUAAAGGUAAGUUCAUUAAAUCCUAUUAGAGACUCAAACCUAGACGAUGCUAUGAAAAAUGAGGAUUUAGAGCAAGAUUAUUAAAGAAUAUAAAAAAAGAGGUCUCUUAAAGACUCUACAAAAGAAAAAAAGAAAAAGUACUCUUUGAGAUCUGAAAAUAACUUAGAAGAUGACGCCAAUUAGCAGUAGUCUCUAGCCUCUCACAGUUCAAUCAGAAGUUCUUAUGGUACAUAAUUUGUAAGGGAGAUUCUUAACUCUAAGAGACUGCCUAAUGCCUCUAAAAAUUUUAAUUUAAUUUAGCAGCUGUUUGUAAUUGGAUUUAUCAUUAUUGUUUUAGUGAAUGUAUUUUACCUUUCUUAAUAAAUAACUAUUAUUUCUGAUGAUAUGAAUAAUUAUUUACUCUUUGCUAAUAUGACAUCUUCAGUAGGUAAAGGACUCAUGUCUCUUAUUGGCUUGAAUGAAAUUUAAUAUAAUCUCCUUGCUCCUAAUGCAGUUUAAAACACUAAACUUUAUUAAUAGUACUUAACUGAGGCAAGCUAGUAAUUUUAAGAUAGUUUCCUUGAUUUAGAGAAUAGCCUAACAACAGAUGUAUAAUCCUUAUUUUCAAGCAGUGAUUAAUAAAUAACUUUCUAUGACUACACUUAUACAGGUAGUCUAUAAAAAAGUACUAUUUCAGUUUUAUAACUGAUUUAUAUUUUCUAGAACGCUUUACUAUUAAGCAGUUAAACUUCAUCUUAAACACAUUAAAUUCCACUGAAACUAGCCUAUUAUUAAUUGAGAUUUAACUUUAAGCAAUUUAUAGACAGAAUGUUUACAGUUAAAAAUAAUUAAGAUAGUAACAUAAAUAAUAACAUAUCAACAAUUAACUAAAUAUAUAUAAUAAGCACAAUUAUUUCAUGCAUAAUUUGUUUUUUGGUUGUAAUGGCUUCUAUACCAAUGAUACAAAAAAUAAAUUUAUUUAAGGAGAAGGUCAUUCUACUUGUUACUCGUAUAAAAGUUGACGAAGCUGAUGUGGAAAUUAGCAAAUACAAGUAAUGUAUAGAGGAACUGUAAGAUGUAGAAGAGUCAUAUUUGAAUACAGACUUUUUUAAAAUAUUUACUUCUAAGAGAAAAUUUCACAAACGUUCGAGAGCAAAAGAUGAUGGAAAAGAAAAUUAAGAAUACAUAUAUGAAGAAGAUUUAGAGCACACCUACAAAGUAAUGCAAAAGAAUGAAGGAGGUUAAUAAAUUAAGCAAACAAUAAAAAAGUAAUCAAACCAAAGCACUAUAAAAAAAUCUAACAAAAGUUCAAGUAGAUUUAAGUAAAAUGUGAUAAGCUCUAAAAUAUUUGAUUAAAGAUUAGGACUCGCUAAACAAUUUUUUAGUUUUUUGUCUUACUCGUUUAUCACUAUUGGGUUCUUCAUAGCAAUUUUAGUAUUUAUAGUAUUAAGAAAUAAUUCUAUUACAAAUUCUUUGAAUAUAUCUUAAAUUACUCUCAAUACUUAAUACUCUCUUGGAGCACUUUACUCUUAUUCAGAAUUGAACGUUAUCGAGAAGCAAUUUUCUAAUGCAGAUCCUUUUUAUCCUGCUCCUUCACUUUCUUAAAGAUAGACAGAACUAGGAUAUUAAAAUGAUUAUAUAUAAAUUAUAUAAUCUUUUAAUUAGGAAAAUAUUAAUAAUAUUUAUGGAAAUACAGCAAUUUCUAGCUCUUCAAUUUCUUAAAUCAAAGAUUUGUUCUAAAAUAAUCUUUGUAAUUAUUUUUCCUAGUAUUCUCAAUGCAGUAACUUUAAUGAUGGUAUAUCUGGUUAUAUAACUCAACUCUUUUCAUUACUUCAGAGUCAUGUAAAUAUUUUUGAUUCUACCAAAUUUCCUACUUCAACAGAUGCAUAAUAUUAUAUCUCAUCUAAUGAGCACCAAAGAGUUAUUUCAGAAGCAUACAUUGUCCCUGAUUAAGCUAUAUAUUUAUUUAACUCAAUUAUUUUAGAUGCUAAUAUUUAGCUUGUCAAAGAUAUGUCACUUCUAGUUAAAGUGGUUUAUUAUGUAGCAGGACCUUCAAUAAUUUUAUUUCUUAUAAUAUUUUUCCUUAUUUAAUGGUAAAACUUGAAAAAUGAACUAAAUUCUUUAAGUUAUUUGCUCACACUAAUUCCAGAAGAAAAAAUAUCUGAAGAAAUUACAUUGCAAAUGCUAAAACAAAUAAGAACCUUCUGA